UGUCACUAAUGUCACUUCUAUAAAUUACUGUCGCUUUAAAAACGGAAAACAAAUUAUCAGUAGCGCAAUAACUGUGGACUGUUUUCUGUUUAUUUAGGCAGUCGGUUAGCAUACAGUCGUCUAAUACGUCAGUUUUUACUGUUUUUAGUUGAUUGGAUGGUUAAGUUUUUAAUAACGGAUUUUUUCUGUGAAAACCUAUACAAUUUUAAUAAUUUUUCUUGAACAAUUUAAUACAAUAGUGCAGAAAUGGCAGUUUCGGUAAGAGGAAUAUCUCAUCGCUUAGGACACCUUAGUGGCGUUUUAUCUACAGUUAAAACAUCCCCUAGAACAUAUUUUACUUAUACUAAUGAGCCCUCUCAACCAAUUAAGGGCAAGGAACCCAAAUGGACAACUGCUCAAGAGGCUUUUCAAGACUUGAAGUCAGGUGACACAGUUUUCUCUCAGGGGGCUGCUGCCACACCAGUUGACUUACUGAAGGCAAUGACAGAAGUCGGAAAAAGUAAAAAAUUAAAAGACAUCACGGUAUGUCAUAUGCACACCGAGGGCCCUGCCGCGUACACCGAUCCAUCUUGCGAAGGAAUAUUUAGGUCUUGUUCAUUUUUCAUGGGAGGCAACGUAAGGAAAGCGGUUGCUGAAGGUAGAGGUGAUGCCAUUCCAAUAUUUUUGUCAGAAAUUCCAUUACUAUUCACCAAACAGAUCGUGAAGCCAGAUAUAGCAGUAAUUCAGGUAUCUCCCCCGGAUCAACAUGGAUUCUGCAGUUUGGGAACCAGUGUGGAUUGUGUAAGGGCGGGAAUGUCCCAUUCAAAAAUUAUUGCUGCUCAAGUAAACCCAAGGAUGCCCAGGACUUUUGGUGAUGGAAUUAUCCAUAUUAGUCACAUUGACUAUGCUGUUAAAGUUGAUGCUCCUUUACCUAGUCACGGUGGUAAACCUCCAACCGAAGUUGAAUUGAAAAUCGGAAAGAAUAUUGCAGAAAAUUUAGUUGAAGAUGGAGCCACACUCCAAAUGGGAAUUGGUAGCAUUCCAGACGCUGUUCUAGCGGCCUUAACGAAUCACAAAGAUCUCGGAAUCCAUUCCGAAAUGUUCGCUGGUGGAGUAAUAGAUCUAGUUAACAGAGGAUGCGUUACGAACAACAAAAAGUCUAUCCAUAAAGGAAGAAUAGUCGGUUCAUUCUUGAUCGGAACGCAAGAUCUUUACGAUUUUGUUGACAACAAUCCGUUCGUUGAAAUGUUGGUCGUAGAUUAUGUAAAUAACACGGGAAUAAUUGCAAGACAACCCAAGAUGACUGCAAUCAAUUCGUGCAUUGAAGUCGAUUUGACUGGUCAGAUUUGUUCGGAUUCUAUCAGUACAAGAAUGUAUUCAGGUUUUGGUGGUCAGGUCGACUUCAUUAGAGGCGCAGCUGAGGGAUUGGAUGGAAAAGGAAAACCCAUCAUUGCUCUGCCGUCUUCUACUAAUAAAGGAGAAAGCAAGAUUGCGCCGAUUCUCAAACCAGGUGCUGGAGUUGUAACAACCAGAGCGCACGCCCAUUAUGUCGUAACCGAAUACGGUAUCGCAUACCUAUUUGGAAAAUCUUUAAGACAGAGAGCACACGCACUUAUCAAUAUCGCUCAUCCUGAUCAUAGAGAAGCCUUAGAAAAAGCCGCAUUUGAGCGCCUUAAAGUAAUGCCAUCCCCUUAAAUAUAAGCAUCAAAUUUUUAUACAUACACAUUUUGUAUUUUUUUUUUGUUCAUUCAUUUUAAAUUUUUAUUAUGUAUAUUUGAAAGUUAAAGGUCUGUUGUCGCUAACAAAAAUUAGUAAUUGAAGAUGCAUAAUGAGACUGAAAUUUAAGCCUUGGAUUAUGAUAUCUAUUUUUCUGUCAAUCUUGUCAAAUUGAUAAUCAAGUUUUUAUUGACAACUGGCAUUUAACUGUCAGAUAUAUAAUUUAAUUUUAAGUGAAUUAAAUAUAUAGAUUUAUAUAUUAUGGGUUUUUUAAGGAUAGAAAAUGCAGAGAUUUUUUUACCAAUCAAAACACAAUAGAAUGUGUUGUUUUAGGUAUCUAAUGUUAAAAAAAGAGGAAGUUUAACAAUAUUUCAACGAUAAAAAGUAAAAUUUAAAUAAAAACAUUUUUCUUAGCUAAUUUUUUUAGAUAAUUUAUGAUAAAAACGUGUCGUAUAUUCGAUAGAUUACUAUAAAAGAUAAAAUAUGAUAUAUAAUGUUUCUUUUCUUAAUAAUAUUUAUAUUUUGACUUUUAAAAAAUUUAUAAAUUCAUCUUAUAUAAAAGUAACUUUUUCCAAUAGUAUAUUAUCCACCAGUUUUCAUUAGCAACGCUGUAACUGUAAUAAUAUCAGAAUUAAAUGAAAUUUAUGAAAGGUAUAACGAUAUUAUGGGCCAAGAACUUCGAGUAUACUGAAAGAGAUUAUGAAUGAGCAGAAAUGUCGAAAUAUACAGAACGCUUUAUAUAACAAAACUGUUAGUUCUCGAUAUUUGUAAAAAUACGCUCUUCAAAUAACCCACAUGCCAUUCUAAAGUCUAUUCAAAUUUAAUUUACGCCUGAUGUAAACAGAAGCAGGUGGACGGUAAAAUUGAGCAGGGCCGUAUUUUACUUUUCCGUCUUGCAAAAAUGUAAAAUAAAAGAGUGUAAUUGUGAAAUUAUUUUUUUAAUACGAUAAAAAUAUAUUUUGUAAACUAAAACUAUAAAAUAAAUGCCAUACACGGUCUCCCAGACUUUAGUGAGAUUUCUGGACGAAGAUAGGUGAGCGACAAACUGCGUUAACCUGCAAUACAAAUUAAUAAAUGCAUUUGACUUUAAAAGAGAUGUUUGCAUUAUAUUUAGUUCAUUACAUAUGUCUACUGUGAUACAGAGCAUUAAAACAAUCAUAUUAUAAAAUUAUAUUAUACAGGGUGUCCAAAUAAUUGCAAAUUCUUUAAUAGCUAAUAUAUAUCUACUAAAAGCAUUAAAAAAAACUUUAAAUAUUUGAAUUUGGUAUUUGAUUUAAAAUUGUGCAUCUUAAAAAGAAACCUUUUGUAUUUUUGACAACUUUUGUUCUUUAUUGUUCUUGUUCUACUAGUAUUUAGAUUAGACACCAUGUACCCUGUAUUAUAGCAAUCUUCCUUACUUGACUUAGCACUAUUCUGAAUAGGAUAAAUUAGUUAAACUUGAAGGGCUAUCUUCAUUAAUCAAAAUUACAAGUGGUUCUACCUGAACCUCUAUAAUAUUAUCCAACUCCCACAUUUUUGGCGAACAUGGUCGAUACACUUUUUCCAUUUUUCUGGAGAAAAUAAUAUUACUUCUUCAAAAAGACUUUUAAUGUCUCCAGAUUUAAAUGUUGAGUUUUUAUCUGCUACGUAUUGUUUAACGUCAACCUAGAUUAAUUCAAUAUUAUGUUGUGUUGCUGCUUAGCCAUUUCAUCUAUUACAUACCUAUCAUAAUGUUUAUGUUGCUUACCAACUUUUAGAAGUUGGAUCUUAAGCAUUUGGUAGUCGAAUUCAAUUUUUUUCCCUUAUAGCCAUUUUUAAAUAUCACCUUUUUUAGACGUCGUUGUAGGUAUUUUUUCCAGCUUUCUCGAAUAAUAAUGCAGUUAUCUUCUAAUUUUGGUAGGGUGUUUGAAAACCACUCUUUGAACGAUUCUCCACACAUUUCUUCAUGGUAGUCACCGGAUUUUUCAACUUAAAUACAUAAAGUGCAUUAGAGACUAAGCCUUCUUCACUUCCAAUAUGGCAUAUAAUGAGCUGUUUUUACGCACAUACCUGAUGGGUUUUUUAAAACCAGUUAAAAGUUCAUCCAAAAAGGCUUGUCUGGUUGAUAAAAUAUCGAAACAUACUUUUGAUUUGGUGUGGCCUGCGUUAAUCCAAGUCUCAUCAAGAUAAUAUAUUUUUUGCUUUUCUUCUCUGUACCGUUUUAUUUUUUGUGGCGUAGGACGAAACAAUUUCGUUUUGUCUAAAAGCAAACUAUUUUUUCCUCGAGUUUUAAAUUUAAAAUUAAGGGUUUUGAAAAGCUUGUAAAAUGUAGCUCGCUUAAAAGUAGACAAAUAUGGAUCAUCGUUGAAGAAUUGAUGUACUUUGCGCCUUAUUGCAUUUUUAUCAAAAUCAUCCACAGAGCUACUAAUUUGUUUAUAACGUAGCUUUCUUUUUGAAUCUGCCUAUACUCCUUCAUAACAUUAAAAACGGUUUUAGCGCACAUCCCUGUUUUAUCAGCAACUCUCCUUUCAACAUCAUGUACCAACAUAUCAGGGUUCUAUAAAAUUUAAUGCUUAUAAAUAUUAAGAACCAUUUCUUUAGUACGGAUGACCAAAUGUCCCUUUUUCGGUCGCUUUUUAGAAGGAGUAAAAACAUUUUUCUGGACUUGGUCUGCUGUAUCUGUGGAGGACAUAGUGUCACGCAGCAGUUACAAAAUAUAGUCAAUUAAAUUUCCAUAAAAUAGAGUAAAAAAUAUUCAAACUAACAACAACCACAAAAACAAAACAAAAAUAAAUAACACAAUAUAUGUAUAUCUAAACUAUAAUAUAAUGAAUUAUAAUCAAUCAAACAUACAAAAUGUCCAAACUAACCAACACGGUGAAUGCUACCAAAACGCCGUUUAUAAUUAUCCAAAUUGAACUGAAUUCGACUCUGACAAAAACUAUUUGCGCGUCGUAUAAAUGACUAACGACCGAUUAAUCAAUAGAAGCGCAAAAAAAUGCCGCGUGAGCUGUUGCUGGAUGGGAGAGAUUGUUUUGACGCGGCGUAAAUGAAAUCUGAAUAGACUUUACCUUCCAUCUAUUAUUUCAUUUCUUUCUGAUAAUUAUUAUAAUAGUUUCAAUCUGCCUAGUAAAAGUUAGGACAUCCUAUAAAUAUUUUAUCUACAACUAUUAACAUUACGAAGAUAAUUUAGAAGAAUGUAUUGUUUAAUGAACAAAGAAUGGUAUUCAUAUAAUUACAGUAAUUAUAUCCUUUUAAGAUUUUUAAUAAAAUAAUUAGGGAAUAAUUACUUUGUGUUCUCAGAUAGAGAUCUGAUAGUUUAUGUUAUUUGAAUUUUCAAACAAAGAAAUUUACCUCAUUCCAUUAUCAACAAUUACUGAUAAUUAUGUAACUUACAAAUACGUAAACAUUAAUAAUUAUUCUGAGGUUUGAUCCAAACCUAACUGUUAUUAUUAAUAAAUUCACAAUAGUAAGUAACGAAUGACAUUAACUAGUAAAUUGUAUAAUAGUAAUUAAUGAAUAUAUUAUGCAAUAGUUGUAGAUAAAAUAUGUUUAUUUGUCAUUUGGAAUUGUAAUAAAUAAUAUCCAUGUAGUUUUUAGAAUUCAGUUUUAUGAAAUGUCGAAAUGUUAUAUUGAACGAAUGACGAAUGAAAUGAUGUGUCUAGCACAGUACAAUGAAUUAGAAAAACUACGAAAUUAUAAAGAUUUGUAAGCUUUUUAAUGAAAAUAUUGAUAUACAAUUUAAAACUAGUUACCUCAUAUUUUUAGAUAAAAUACGCUAUAUUACCAAUGACGUAAUUUGUGUUCUAAAAACAAUUAAAAUAGAGGUUAUAUGUAUUUAAGAACAAUUAAUUUAUUUCUAUAAUUGUAAUGAAAAAUUUAGGUCAAUUUCAACGAAUGGUUUUUGUUAAAAGUUAACUAUUUAUGGGAACAUAAAUUACGUCACACUGAUAUUGGGUAUUAAUUUGAGAAUUAUACACACCGUUAGGUUUUUAUUUGUAUAUUUAAAGGACUGCUUUUGUAAAUUUACAUUGAAAUAAAACGAUUAUAGUUAA